AUGGGCGCAACGAGCGUAAUGGCUUUAAGCGCAGUCCAGCCAAACAGUUCUCGAAAACGACGCAGCCAUCGCAAAUCCCGAAGUGGUUGCCGCAAUUGUAGGUUGAGACGCAUCAAGUGCGAUGAGAGGAGACCACUUUGCGACAAAUGUUCAGACUACGGCGUCUCAUGCAAUUACGACCCUAGCGUACCUGACCUCCAGCCUCUCCAGGGCAGUACACAUGUACCGACAACAACGACAAAUUUAACCACAUCUCCUAUUUCAAACCGACAAAUCGCUAUCAGUAUGAUCGCGAGCUCACUCCACGAAGAUAAUCGCGGCCACCUGAAGCACAUCAAAACGCUACAAUUCCAGCAAGCGAACCUGACGUUAUUAGAGAAAUUCCAAAGCAGAACCAUUUUUUGCCUGGGCACGGCGGCAGCCACGCAGAUAUUCCAACAAGCGGCUGUCCAGCUGGCUUGCUCACACCGCUUUCUAAUGCAUCUCAUCCAAGCAGUCACGGCAUGCCACGAUAGAUAUCUGGACGGGCUGGCUGCCACGGAACCGAGUGCCAUGGAGGCUUACCAUCUCAACCAGGGGCUUAUCUUGUUCCAGCGUAAGCUAACUGAAACGCUCCGUCCCACUGAUCGAGAUGCUCUGUUUGUCGCUGCAAGUCUGACAGGUAUUGCAAGCUUCGCAUCGAGUCCAACAACGACUGUCGAAGAGUCCUGGCCAUUGAAGGGCUCUGAUUUGAACUGGCUACACCUGAGUAGUGGUAAGCACACUGUGGUGAAGCUAGCAGACCCCUUAGGAGAGCAUAGCAUGUGGAAGUCGUUUGCCCAACAAAUUGAGCGAGUGCUGUUGCUGGAGAGGGAGGAGGAGCCUCGAUGUACGGUUUUUGACCAUCUUUGCGAGUCCCCCGUCUCGCUGAACUCGCUCGGUUUCAAUCCUUACCACGAGUCCGUCCAGAAGCUGGCGCCUCUCCUCAAGCUAGAAUGCAUUGAAAACAAUUGGCUAAGGCUCCUCUGCUUCUUAAUGCGUGUAACACCUGCAUUUACGGGGCUACUUCAACAGAAGGACCCAUGGGCAAUGCUCAUGUUCGCAUAUUGGUGUGCCAAGGUCUGUGAAAGUCGAUGGUGGUUAACGCGACGAGCUAUCUUGGACGGCUUAGCAGUAUGUCUCUACAUCGAGAGAAACUGUCCAUGGGACGAGAGGCUCCAAGAAGCAGUCAUCUGGCCAAAAACAAGAUUGGAUGGACUGAUGGCCCGUGAGGGACUCACUUAUAGUUAG